CCGGGGCCGGGUGCUCGUACAUAUCAUUCCAUGCCAGUUAACAAACACAGAGCACGGGAGCCCUCUUGUCUGACUACAAUGGAUGCUGCGAGUGGUGGCGCAGGCAGGUGGUUCGUUCUCGAAGGUGUCAUAAAUUAGGUUUGUCACCUGUACACACACGAGUUCGACAUGUGAGGAGGGGAAGUAUCCGUUUUAGCACACAUAGGACGGUCUCUCUCUCUCGAUGAGGAGGUACUAAAGACCAGCAUCUCUCCAUCUCUGUUGCGCUCUUGCCCCUGGCCAGGAUUUCCCCAGCGAAAAGCUUGGCGAGCGGAGAAAGCUUCGUUCCUGAAGUUCGAAACGGGACCAAUGUUUCGGGGAGUGCGCAAGGUCAGUGCAAGCUGGGAAAGGUGAAAGUUGAACGAUGCUGCACCUGCAACCUGCAGCUGGGAGAGCGGCGAAAGCUCUUCGAUCCUGGUUUUUGGCCGCCUGAUAACAAAGUCGAGAGCGAGCCAGCGAGAGCUUUGGUCGGGGGAUAUAUAAAAGGAUGCUGGCUGCUGGCGCACUUUCAGUUGGAUUCCGAGCGAGGCAGCAGCAGCAUCAGUAGCAGUGGCACCAGCAGCACAGGAGAAGCGGAAAAGCCAGGAGCCAGGAGUCAGGCGCCAGGAGAGGCCGAACCCGAGCCCGAGCCACCGAGCCACCGAUGGGCAAUGGACACAGAGCUGGGAAAACUAGCUCAGCCUAGUGUGUGUGUGUGAACCCGUGGUAGUGACAGUGUGUGCGUGCCUAUGUGUGUGUUUCUUGAAGAAAAGGGAAAAGAACCGAGAAAGUGCAGGAUGCUGAACUAGGACCAAGAUUGACCCGGAGCAGCCAGGAACAGCAGCCGCACUGGCGUCGUUUUGCGAGCGCGGCUUGAUGCCCGAUUCGAUGAUGGACAUGGAGCAUCGGGACCACCAGCUGCACCGCCAGCAGCAGCAGUCGCACCACCAUCAGCCAGGUCGCCUAGCAGCCAGCACCAGCACAUUUGCACCACCGGCGCCGGCGGGCAGUCAGCCGGAGGAGCGGGACAGGGACCACCAUCUGCACCAUCAUCAGACCAACAAUGUGGCCGCCUCACCACUGCCAGUCAAUGCCUCCAUACAGUUGCACCAGCAGCAGCAGCCGCAGCAGCAGCAGCAGCAACCACUGACGCAGUUGCAGCAACCACAGUUAAGGGAACGCGAGCACCACCAACAUCCGCAGCAGCAGCAGCAGCAGAUGAUGCAGCAGCCACCGCAGCAGCAGAUGCAGCAACUGCCGCACAGUCACCAUGCCCUCAUGCAGCAAUCGCAGCAGCAGCAGGCCAUCCAUCGAGCCGAGGCGCGAAGAGAUACACAAGCAAAACAUUCACAUGGAUUUCUCUAUUCGGACGAGGAAAUCAGCGAUAAGGCAUCAACAUGCGGCAAAUUGCUAAUAUUUCUCUCCGUGGCUCUUGUGAUAAUGACGCUACCCUUCAGUCUCUUCGUCUGCUUCAAGGUGGUGCAGGAGUACGAGCGCGCGGUUAUCUUCCGUUUGGGUCGCCUCAUGCAGGGCGGUGCCAAGGGCCCAGGUAUCUUCUUCAUCCUGCCCUGCAUCGACUCCUAUGCCCGCGUGGACUUGCGUACCCGCACCUACGACGUGCCACCGCAGGAGGUUCUCACAAAGGAUAGCGUUACGGUUUCGGUGGAUGCAGUGGUUUACUAUCGGGUAUCAAAUGCAACCGUCUCUAUCGCGAACGUGGAAAAUGCUCACCAUUCGACCAGGCUACUGGCACAGACUACUCUACGAAACACAAUGGGAACUCGGCAUUUGCAUGAGAUACUCAGCGAGCGUAUGACGAUUUCCGGCACAAUGCAGGUUCAACUCGACGAAGCCACCGAUGCCUGGGGCAUCAAAGUUGAACGUGUUGAAAUCAAGGACGUGCGUCUGCCCGUGCAACUGCAACGCGCCAUGGCCGCCGAGGCAGAGGCAGCCCGAGAAGCCCGCGCCAAAGUCAUCGCCGCCGAGGGAGAACAGAAGGCGUCGCGGGCUCUGCGCGAGGCGUCCGAGGUGAUUGGCGAUUCGCCGGCAGCCCUCCAACUGCGAUACCUUCAGACACUCAACACCAUAUCCGCGGAGAAGAACUCGACUAUUGUGUUCCCGCUGCCCAUCGAUUUAAUAACGUAUUUCCUCAAGACCAACGAGGCCACAACGCAGCAAAAUGCCCGGGCAGCUGCGGCAGCGAUUGGCAAUACACCGCCCCCGUUGCAACUGGCACCGCAGCAGCAGCAAAUGCAGCCGCAGCAACAACAGCAGCAGCAGUACCAGCAGCCGCAGCAGCAAUUCCAACAGCAGCAGCAGCAACAACCGCAGCAGCAGCAACAACAACCGCAGCAACAGGAUCAACUCUUUCAGCAGGGGCAGCAGAUCUCAUCAGCCAUGUAAAUCAGCUUAAGAUCACCUAGGGUUCGGCCUUGUCGACUCCAAAAUGCCCUGCAUAAAGGUUAAAAAGAAAGCAAUGGAAAACCUUGAAGAUUGCUACUCAACACUCUUUAGGGAUAUCAGGACGUCUCAUCUCCUUGAUACGAAUUCUCAUCCACAUAUCGAUCGGAGAACAGUGGUAAAUCUGGUCUUACAGUCGCAAAUAUGUAAUAGCAAUUUCUAAAACUGAGUAGCUCGGACGACCAACUUAAGAUGUGUAUCUCAAAUCCCUAUCCCCCCUCCCCCGAGAUGCUCAUUUUUGGGUUACCUGCUUUUAGAGAUUGUUAUUUGGAUAAGCAUUUCCUACCAAGAGACGCAGAUAAAUGUACUUCUCUGGGGCCUACAAGCAAGUAAUCUUCGAGUAGAAUAUCAAAAUAUAUUUGUGCAGAGCAUUCCCAAUAUAAAAACAAAAAUCAACGGAAACAACGAUUCAGGAGAAUCAAAAACUUAGUUCAUAACACCGAUAAGUGCGAUUCGAAUGCGUUAGCCGGCAGCAGAUCCUCCCAGAAAAAAAGGAGAGGGGGAUCUGAGGUCAGAUAGUUACGAAAAUACAAACCUAGAAUAGUUUCAUACGAGGCGAAAAAUAGUGUUUAAUAUUUGUAGCUUUACGACCAGAGGAUGCAAUUCUAAAUAUUAAAAGUAGGACCUAGCAGUGCAACCCAAGAUUGUCACACGUUUAUAUAAAAAAUAAAAGGCAAGCCUAAAAUAAAUUAACCAAACGACACCACACAAUCUGUGGUCGCUGAGGUGAAAAUUCUAAAACCAACUAGUUUUGAAAGUCUCGAAUUACAAAAUUGGAAAUAGUCAAAAAUAGUUGGUUUGGUUUUGUAUUUUCACACCCAAAACUGAGUGAGCCACAGACUCUUGUUUUUUUUUAAACCAAUAUUCAAGGAAGGUCCGUUUCCUUAAAUACAAGUUAACCGGAGACAUUUAGUUACUUUUAAAAUCGCGACGCCUUAUUUAAAGAAUAGGUUUGUUUAUGGGAUGAUGAAUUGACUAAAUUAAGAAACCGGGCCUGCUUUGAACACAAAUAUCUCAUAGAACCGUUGCCGAAGGCGUUUUGUAAAUGUUUACCAGUAAGAUGUUUGCGCUGUUAAUUAUGGAGUUUCCGGAUGACUCGAUAUAUUGCUGUAUACUUAGCUAUGCCAAUUUACUUAUAAGAUCAGAAGACCCGUAUAAACUAGAGAAAUCGUUGUCCACAAACCAAUUACAACUUUAUAGGACUUUAAAACCUCUACUCCACUGUACUCAUAGGGUACAUUCCACUUUCCUACGACUAAAACAAAAACUGUUAAUCCGUUUCAACUGGAGGAAAUCCAGAUAUCUAGAUGAUUUGUUCCACGAUGGUGGGUUCAGCAUGAUCGCUAAGCCCACGUGAACAGAGCAAAUCCCUAGACAGCAACGUUCGUAGGUCCAAAAUACGAAUGCCAAACAAUAAAUAAGAGUAAUACGAAUUUAUUGUACAUACAAUAAACAAAUAGAGCAAUUAAGCCGUGCAGAACUGGUUUUACCCCAUUGAACUACCAAUUGAAAUUGGAUAUUAUAUCAGAUAUUUGUACACCAUACACACACAACAACACGAACACAGGAAGGAAGAACGUCUAGUCUCUCUCGCAGUAGCAAGUGGAUACUAAAAAGGAAAUUCGUCUAAAACUAGAGUUAGUAGGUGUCGAGCAAAACGAAUAACUAAAUAAAAGUGCAUUUGCAACACAGAAACGUUUACUUUUUAGCGCACUUCAUGGAUUACAAAAAAGAGUUAUUGAAUUAAUUAUAUAUACAUAUACAACAUAACGAAUUACAUAUUAUGUACAAUUUUGCCUUUGAAAAUUUUUAAACGAAAACGAUUUCAUUAUUCACAUACGAUUAGACAUAUGUGUAAAGGAACAAUAAAAUUUCUUCAACUUUUUUGGUAUCCAAAAGAGCUAAAACAAAAAGCAAAA